AUGUUCGACUUCAACGCCAAGGACGUCCAACCUUGGAAGAAUCCGAUUAAUAAGGUGGGCACGUGCAAAGGCCGAGCUCAAGCUCCUUCAACUUUUCUUUCGACUUCACUUGCUACUUUUCCCUGGAAACCCCAAUGGCGCUUGUCGUCUAAUUGCACACGAAUUACCUCCGCCAUGUCACCCGCAGAGACUUCUCCUCUGCUGCCCCAGCACCAGGACCCGGCGAAUACGUCACCACGGGCGAACCGACAAUCGCGAUCGGUAUCAUUCAAUCCCCUCACGCAGAUCAGCACCUACGGAGGCACUGCAGCGGCCUCCGAUCCUACCUUCCGACCCUUGCAAGCUGGCUCACCUCCCGUGCAGAAUGUCAAUGCUCAGGGCCAGCGUCCGGGCAGCCAGCCCAUGCUCUCAGCACUGAACAGCAAGCUUCGUCGUCGCAACAGCCAUGGAGCACCGCCCUUCAACAAUUUGUCGAACCCCGCGCAUCCGGCCGCCAAAAUUGGACCGCAGCGGACAACCAAGAAGGCGCAAAAGCUCAAGCUGCUGCCAGACCCAGUCACGGAAGAGGAGGAGGCGGCUGAUGGAGACACCCCUCAAGAUGUGUAUUCACAAAUCACACGAAUCAAGGAUCCCGCCGCACGGAGUAUCGCUGCACGACUUGGCAAGGCUGACCGUGAUCACAUACCCCGAGUGACGGCCUACUGCACGGCCAAUUCAUAUCGCCUUGAGGGUGUUAUCAAGUUCUUAAAAUCACGCAGCAAGACCCGCGGAGCCAAUCCAAAGCUCUAUGAUGAAUGUGUUUACUCAGCUUUCGACUAUGAAUACGAAGCAAAGAAGAACGGAGUUCGACUGUUUCAAGACCCCAGCGGCAAUGGACACCACGAACGGAGACCCAGCGAGAGACGCUACUCGGAUAGCGCGGUGGAAGUGGAAGACAAUAAAAAGAGCCGCAGGGACGACUUGAUUGAUCUACACGAGGAGGCUGGCCACUCCCUCGAUCACACAGAGCAGGCAGUUGUGCAAACCACCCCCGACAUUGAUACCACGAUCCACACACCCGAAGUGUUCCUCUUUGACUACGGAACCGUCGUAAUAUGGGGCAUGACGCCAGCACAGGAAUCAAGGUUCCUAUCCGACAUUUCGAAAUUCGCAACCUCGAUCCUGAGCCCCGAUGACACCCAAAUCGAAAACUUCAAUUUCUACUAUGCGCGCGAGUACCAAGCCCGCAUAUACAAUGAUUUCAUCUCGCUGCGCGAUCCCCGCAACCAUAUGAUCAAGCUCGCAAUUUCCCAUGCCUUAGCCCAGUCCGUGAAGACCUCCCUCUUCGAAGAUCUGGUCUCCGAGACAAUCACCGACACCGCACCGCUGCCUGCUCAAAUCGCGCAGACGGGAAGUGUCAAUCUCACCCGCCGACAAAUUAACAUGCAGAUUGGAGAGCUGUUCAUUCUGCGCAUCAAUAUCCAUCUGCAGGGAUCUGUUCUUGAUAGUCCGGAACUGUUUUGGGCAGAGCCGCAGCUGGAACCUGUCUACCAGGCCGUUCGAAGCUAUCUGGAGAUGGACCAGCGUGUCAGUCUGCUGACGGAGCGACUGGAUGUCAUUGCUGAUCUUCUUGCGGUUCUGAAAGACCAAUUGACCCAUCGCCAUGGCGAAUAUCUCGAGUGGAUUGUUAUCGUUCUCAUUGCCGCAGAGAUUCUUGUGGCUGCUAUCAAUAUCGUUGUCGAUCUCUACGCCGGAGUGGACUAG